CCCCGACCCUCCCCGGCCCCCGCGAGCCCGCGGGGCGACCUCCGGCCUCGGCCCAGCCGCGCAGACCCUGCAGACCCCACCUGGCCUCCUGCCCCCAUGAGGAAGACCAACAUGUGGUUCUUGGAGCGGCUCCGGGGGUCUGGGGAGCACGGCACCCCCGGGAGCGAGGCCGGGGACAAGGCUGCCAAGGGGCCCCUGUACAGCAACGUGCUGACCCCCGACAAGAUCCCCGACUUCUUCAUACCCCCCAAGCUGCCCGCCGGCCCCACGGAUGCGGAGGGGCAGGCCGAGCCGGGCCCCGCAGCAGCAGCCACUGAGCAGAACCCGGCCUCGGGCCCGCCCCGCCGAGCCCCCCGGAGCCCCCGGCUGCCGGCCAAGUUGGCAGCUGAGAGCAAGAACCUGCUGAAGGCGGCCACGCGACAUGUGAUCCAGAUCGAGAGCGCGGAGGACUGGCCGGUGGAGGAGGCUGCCACCAACGCCGACCCCCAGGCCCAGGGCGCCAUGUCCCUGCCGUCGGUGCCCAAGGCUCAGACAUCCUAUGGCUUCGCCACGCUGGCCGAGAGCCCGCACACGCGGCGCAAGGAGUCCCUGUUCCACAGCGAGCACGGGGCCCUGGCUCAGGUGGGCUCCCCGGGGGCUGGUCGCCGUCGGGGGGGCACCGCCAAGGCCAACGGGGGCGACGGGGUGCCCAGGGAGGCGGUGGGGGCCCUCAUGAGCCCCAGCCGCUACUUCAGCGGCGGGGAGAGUGACACCGGGUCCUCGGCCGAGUCCUCCCCGUUCGGGUCCCCUCUGCUCUCACGCUCCGUGUCGCUGCUGAAGGGGUUCGCCCAGGACAGCCAGGCCAAGGUGAGCCAGCUCAAGCAGUCGGCCGGCCGCCACGGCUCCCUGGCCAGCGAGGACGGCGCGCCGGACACCAGCCCCGGGGCGCGGCGCCGCCUGACCCGCAGGGCCGCCCCCGAGCCGGGCCCCGAGACUGGCCAGGCGCCCCGCGCCGAGCACGUGGUCCGCGUGGGCCCCCGGGGCAGCGUGCGGCUGCUGGCGGAGUACGAGGCGGCGCAGGCCCGCCUGCGGGUGCGCCUGCUGGCCGCCGAGGGCCUCUAUGACUGCCUGUGCGACGCCCGCAGCAUCAACUGCUGCGUGGGGCUGUGCCUGGUCCCGGGCAAGCUGCAGAAGCAGCGCAGCACCAUCAUCAAGAACAGCCGCCACCCCAUCUUCAACGAAGACUUCUUUUUCGACGGCCUGGGGCCGGCCAGCGUCCGAAAGCUGGCCCUCAGGAUCAAGGUGGUGAACAAGGGCAGCAGCCUCAAGCGGGACACGCUGCUCGGGGAGAAGGAGCUGCCCCUCACCUCCCUGCUCCCCUCCUUGUAAGGGCCUCUCCUGGGGGUGCAGAGGGCACGCCCCAGCUCCCCUCCCACCCGGAUCCCGAUGGGCAGGAGGCCAGUGGCGGGGGGCCGGGGGGUUUCCACUCAGGCUGGGCGGCAGUCCCCGCUGGCCGGUACCCGGUUGCCAACGGUGACGGGGACGGUAGUUUUCACGGCUUGAUUUUUUUCGGAGGAGGAAGAGAGGGGGCUGCCGGGGAGGAGAAGGGGACGCUUUGCGGGGCUGAGUGUCCCCCACCCAUGCCCUAAGCUGCGUGCCGCCCUGCCCCUUUCUGAGCUCUGGAAAGGGGCUCUGGCCGGGGGCGGGGUGGCGGCUGGGACCCCGUGCGGGGGGCAGCAGAGAGGGAUGGCGGACCGGGAGGUUGCCCGUCCUGAGGCCGAGCCAAGUAUCUUUGGUGGUGGCCGGAGAGUCGUCCUGCCGGCGAGCAGCACCGGGCCUGGGAUGUGCCAACAGCGGCCGCAGGGCUGCGGACACACCGCCCCGGGUUCGGCUGGCUCUGGCCGCGCUCGGCCCUCCCAGGCUCCGGAGGCAGAGCCGGUCAGCGAGGCGGGAGCCCAUGGGGGCCGAGAGCCAGCACCCGACGGGCGGAGGAGGGAGGCCGGGUUGCCACGGAGCUGGCGGUGGAGGAGAGCCUGGAGAUGACGCCGGAACCGGGGCUCGUCUCCUGUCUGCUGGUUUCUUCCAGCACCUUCCCUGCCGGCCAGCCGGCCUGACCUGAGGCCCUGCCGGGGCAUCUGGAGCCUCCCUCCCCGGCGGGGCCGUGCAGCACGGGCCCCAAGGGCGGUCCCCAGCCCCCGGCCCUCCCUGUCCCUCUGAGGCUGGGCGCUGCCACCCCUGCACACCCCUGGCCGCAGACCCCGGGAAGUGACAGCCGGGGAUCCUGCUGGGCUCCUGCUGUGCAUGGUAAAUAGCUUCGGGUUAGUGUGGGGGGGGAUGCAGGGAGGACCCUGGCUGUGCCCUUCAUGCUGCAUGAGUUUAACUGUUGUGUCGCAAUGUGGGUCCUUGAAUGACGUCUGUGGACAUUUCCCAGCUUCACCAAACGAGGGGUACAUCUCGAAGCAGGGGCCAGGCCAGGCCGGCUGUGCCUCUGCCCGUCCCCGGCUGCCUGGCGGGCAUGCUCCUGGGGAACCCUGGGGCCCCCUCCCCGUUCAAACGUUGUCCUCCUGACUGGGUUUCCAAAUCGCACUGGGGGAGGGAUGAUUUCCCCCAUCGCCGGGGAAAGCACGUGUUCCCCUUUGCACUUUGAGAAUCUGGGGCCCUUGGAGCAGAGGUCCCUUGCUGUGCCCCCCGCCCCCCCCUCUGUCCUAGGCCUGAGGCCCCCACAGGCCCGGAGCAGGUGGACAGAGGGCGAAUGCUUGGCGCUCGCACCCCUGCUCGCCCUCCGCGGAGGGCCCGUCUUACAUGCCCUGCACCGUUUGACAUCUUUGUGUUCCGAGUUCGCAGCCUCUCCCCAGUGUGUUUGUUUAUAAAUGCUGUUUUUAGUGCAAUAAAGGUGUUUUGGGAGUGCGGGGGUGGA